GAAUCCUUGUAAAAAGGUUUCAGUUUUGUUGCCGAAAAAAGGGGAAAACCCCUAUUAUUAUAAGUAUACUUUUGUAAAUAUGUGUACAUUUUCAGAACUCUCUCGUUAUUACCAUAGACCGGGAUUCCAGUUCAAUGAAGUUGAAAUAAGCGAAUUUUAAUCUGUUGCAAUAUGCAGAAUCUAACUCGUAAAAAAGGAUGCCCCUUUCCAAAAAACGUGAUCUGUUUAUGAAUAGAAUGACUACAAUAUUUUUUUAAUUAAUUUUAAAUUGUAUUCAUGAAUAAUACGCAUUGAGUAAUCAAACUUCAAACUACUCUGGGAAUCAAUAAUAAUCUAGACUGCCCUAUUAUUCUGCAUACAGGUGAUUGGUUCAAUGGGAUUCACAUCUUACUUCAUUCCCAAUAAUCCCCAUGAACCUAAAAUAAAAAAUAAAUAGCUUCGUUUUACCACUGAACAGCAUGCAUGCACCACACUGAUAUGGGAUGCAAUAGUUUCUGAAAUAGCUGAAGUGUAAAAAUAAAGUGUAAUUGUCGUAGAAGUAUUGCAUCUUAAUUAGUUAUCACCUCAAUCGAAAUGCAAUUAUGUGCUGUAGUAGCAAAAACUUAGAGGAAGAUGUAAUUUAGCUGCAGGUCACGAGACAUGCAUCACCGUUCAAGCCCUCUAUUCAUCAGUGUGUGAAUAAAUGUGUCCAGGUACUGAUCUGCCAAAGAGGAUGAGUUUGGCCUUAAAAACAUAUAGGCAGCGCUAAUAUUAAGUUACUUGAUGCAUGUCAGAUAAUAUAUUACAAUCGUUAAACUUUAUGCACUUGCUUACAUAACAAGCCGGAAUCUUAAAAGCAUGUUGUGUUUGUGUGCUGUCAUACAAUCUCAUUAGGUCUGGCAUUUGACAGCGAUAUGGCGGUGGAAGUAGGACACGGAGACUGAAGUCUCCAUAUGACAACCCCAGCACACAUUUCGCACAGUGUUCUCAGCACGGACAUUCGACGUUGCAAAGCCAUGGUGUUUGAGAACCGCAGCUCACGCUACGCACCCAGCACAGGCAUGACACCCAAGGAGCUUUGCGACAAUGAUGACCUUGCUACCAGCCUGGUUCUUGACCCCUACCUGGCUUUCCAGACUCACAAGAUGAACAUGAGUGCUCUGUAUUGUAGAUUUCGGCCUGUGAAGGGGCGGCAAGAGGAGUUGAAGGAAGUGAUGGAGCAAUUAAAGAAGGAUGGUGAUAUAGAAAAAGCCUAUCUGGGGCUGACAUCUGGUGACUGGGCUCGCCACUACUUCCUUACCAAGAACAAAGUCCAGGAGCAGACCCUGAAAGAACAUGUGUUCCGGUACCUUCGUCCAUUUUUGACUGAGAGUGGCUUUGAAAUCCUGCCGUGUAAUCGCUACUCUUCGGAAACAAACGGAGCUAAAGUGGUUGCAACAAGAGCGUGGAAGAAGAAUGACAAGAUUGAGCUGCUUGUGGGUUGCAUCGCAGAGCUGAGUGAGAUUGAAGAGAACAUGCUUUUACGUCAUGGCGUGAAUGACUUCAGUGUUAUGUACUCCACACGGAAGAACUGUGCACAGCUUUGGCUCGGUCCUGCAGCCUUCAUCAAUCACGACUGCAGACCGAAUUGCAAGUUCGUGUCAACAGGGCGAGACACGGCUUGCGUAAAGGUGCUUAGAGACAUUGAGCCUGGUGAGGAGAUUUCCUGCCACUACGGUGAUGGUUUCUUUGGGGAAAACAAUGAUUUCUGCGAAUGUUACACUUGUGAGAGGAGAGGAGAAGGUGCCUUCAAAUCAAAAGUGAAAGCCAACGUCGAAGGCACAAUAACUAACAGCAAAUACGGUUUCCGGGAGACUGACAAGCGGAUGAACAGAUUAAAAAAGCUGAGCUCGACAGGCCAGGAUGGAUGUCGGGAUAAAACUGCCAAUCCUGCUCUACUUCAGAAACAACAGCACUUGAUACAAGAAGGACCAACGGGUCGGCUCAGAAGGAGCCGAGGGAAAGACAAAAACGCAUGGAGCCUGCCAAGCUCCACCCUCAGCACGCCCAACAGCUGUGGUUGUGACACAAAAAAAUCGAGAAAGCUGAACAGGACCAAGCCAGCCAAAUCCACCAGACAGACAGCAACUAAACACAACUCUUGGGCUGAGUAUUGCAAUGGUGUUGGCCCCAAUGGCAAAGCUGUCUGGAAAGGCCGGGUCUCAGACAGUGGUGGGCUUAACAGCAAGGCUGUGUAUAAAGGAAGGAUGUCGGAUAGCGUGGCAAAUGGCAAAUUAGUGUGGAAGAACCACGCUGUGGAUGGUGUCAAUGGAAAAGCUGUUUGGAAGGGUAGGAUGUCAGGCCGGAGGGCUGUAUUGGUUAAUGCACCCCUAGCCCAAAGAAGAUGUGAGAGAAGGACCAGAUCGUCUACUGCUUUUGAUGAGAUGCUUGCAGAGUGCCAGCACGCAAAUGAUGAGGACGAUGCAGAGGUGGUAGAAGUUGAUGGAGAUGUUGAAGCACAAACUGAACGGGUUAGAGUUUCACAGUCAGAAGCGAGCGACAAUCAUACAGAAAGUGUGAAGCUUGCACCUUACCAGAGGAAAGCUUCACAAGGUAGCCGCCGCAAGAAGAAAAGGCAAACGAGACGGCGCUUAAUUUUGGAUAAAUCUGGUAAGGCGUGCGAUACCACAGAACUCACUCCAAGUCUCAUCAGCCCUUUGUCAGACUCUGUGUGGGACUGUAAUCAAGAAGCAUCUGAGGCAGACCCAAGUACACCCACAGCAUGGUCACCGAAUGGUUUCCUCACUGCCACCUCUACAAACGAAAGGCACGAUGGUGCAGUGGAUGGUCACGUGCUGGAGAGGGUCAAAAGUGGCUCACCUAGCAAACGAAAAAAGAAGCAUCCUAUCACCCGCUACGAUGCACAGCUCAUUCUGGAGAACAACACGGGCAUUCCCAAGCUGACUCUGCGACGGCGACGCAACUCUGGUCAUGACAACGGCGAAGGCUCGGAAUCAAGUCCGCACGAGUGGAUGCAGCACAAGAUGUCCCGCGAACGGCUGCAAGAGCGUGUAGCUGCAACGGACGCUACGUUUUCUCACGGCAGUGGUGGCAGUAGUGGCAGUAGUGGAUCCAGCGAGGGUAGCUCGUGUAGGGAGGACAGCCAUAAUGACGAACCUGACGAAGGCGUACUUUACUUUCCACAGGUUAAAAGGUUGCGCCUGAUUGUUGGAAACGAUUCCAUAGACAUUGACAUUUCCUCUCGGCAGAAGGAGCUGGCACUACGGAGACAAAACAUUAACAGCCAUGGUGAAACUUGAUAAACGUUGCACAUAAAUUGUCACUGUCCCGAGUUUAUCUGCAUUUUAUCUUGAGGCAGCUUAUCUGUUCCUGUAAGUUUCUUGAAAUAACAUGACCAGAUGUUCAAUUCUCAUCACACUUCAUGUUUCAUUUGUUCACAUGUAUAGUGCUGGGCCAUAGUAAACUUGAAAGCAUUAUCAGAUGCAAUAAGAUUUUGCAACUGUGCUUUCAAAUUUAUUAACUCUCAGCUGGUUAGUCUAUAUACAACUCUACACUGUACAGUAAUGUAGUUCAGUCUUAUUUAUGUUUUUUUUCCAGCAAAUUUUACAAGUGACAACAAAAGUUAAGUGUAAGAACAUGGGUGAUACAAAAGCUGUGGUCACGAUAGUGAGUUUAAUCUGGAGCUUAAAGUUCCUUUACAAAACUUGAAUUAAGUUGAAUAUACAGGAUCUCCAUAAAUGGUGUGCAUUCUAAUGCAGCGCUUGUGGUGCAUUUUAUAUCCUACCUCUGUAAUUGCUGUAAACAUAGUACACUGACUUUAAAGUACUAGAGAGAUGGAUGUCUUAAAUAGGGUGUUUACACUUGCCUGUCUGUCCCAUCUGAUCCCAGUUUUGCUCUGACCCAUAUACAUGCAAAGCACUAAUAUUAUCACACUUGUGCAGACAACUACAUUGGCAGUUUUUUUGUUUUAAGCUGAAGUUUCACAAUGUAUCUAAAAGCCACUUAACACAAACAGCAUUUAACGUGUAAAAUUCAUGGCAUCCGAAUAAGCAUAAGAAAAUAGCGCAAGGGUGGACUGGGAGACGAGGAAGGUAGUGUGGCAAGUAUAACACUCCCUGUUAAAGGCUCUUUGCAGUUAGAUCUGCAUAUAUGUUGUGGCUGAACGUGUGAAGGUAUUUUUAAAACCGUGAUAAAAAACGCACUGUGACUGUUUUAAAUCCUCUAAUCGUUGAUUGAAUGCAGCCACACUGGCCUUGCAAAUUUUGCUGCACGGUUGUCUUGAGGUUUUCUAAACAUUGCAUUUUACAGCAAACUUUGAAACUCUAUGGGUGUAGAUUUUCUUCACUGGUUUUGGUGUUUCCAAAAGCCUUCAUGAAAAGUUUUUAUUGCAAAAAUAAAACAAAGAAGAUUGUAAGAAUAAAAUGCAAAGCAGCGGAUCAUCAAUUUUGGUCUUUGUUACACUACGUUUUUAUGUGUAUCAUUUGUCCAUAUGCUUACCGAUUAAAAAAAUAGUUGACAGUUGUCUUUCACUUUAUGUAUUAUAUGCAAGUGUGUAAUGCACAUUGGUGGUGCUGAAUUAGCAAUGCAUUCCGACGGUGCAAUUUCAUUAAACAGUACAGUACUACAUUGAUAUGUUAAUUACAAUCAAUCUCGAUUGCAUAUUGCAAUUUCUAAAAAGAACAUUGUCGUGGUCUUUGAAAUUGCCAGAUUAAACGUUUGGAAUAUC